AUGUCAGAACACAUCAGUCUAUCUACUUCUUUUGACUUGUCUGGAAGCAAUAUAGCAGAGAAAUGGAAAUUAUUUAAACAAAGGUUUGAUAUAUAUUUGAUGGCAUCAAGUCAACAAGAGUGUGAAGAAAAACGGAAAAUCACUUUAAUGUUACAUUGUCUUGGCUCUGAAAUUCUACCAAUUUAUAAUAGUUUUGAAUUUAAUAAAGCUAACGAUGCAGCUAAGUAUGAUGCAGUUAUACGUAAAUUUGAUGAAUAUUUUAUCCCUAAAAAGAACAUAGUAUAUGAACAACACAUGUUCUUUACAAGAGAUCAAAAGACUGGAGAAAGCAUCGAUGAGUAUGUAAAAGAGCUCAGGUUAUUAGCAGCGUCGUGCGAGUUCGGGAAGCUAGUUGACACAUUGAUUCGAGGAAGACUCAUUUGUGGAUUAACCGAUAACAAAAUAAAAGAGAGAUUACUAAAGGAGAGCAACAUCGGAUUGGAGAAGGUGCUGGAUGUGUGUCGUUCAGAUGAAGUAGUAAGAAAACAAAUGUCAGCAAUGGAUAAUGGCACCAACAAUUGCAACGUUGAAGAAAUACAGAAGCUUAAGAAAUAUGAUCAUCAUACACAAAGGGGAAAGCAGAUUGAAGAAUCUAAAGAAGAGAAAGAAUUUUUUAUAGGCGUUGUGGGUGAAAAUAAAAAUAAUAACAGUGAUAAAGAUUGGAUAGUAAAGUUGAAAACUAAUGGUACAGAAAUAAGAUAUAAAAUAGACACUGGAGCUCAAGCAAAUGUAUUGCCAAGUGAGAUAUUAAAAUGUAUAAAUCCACAGGUAUUAAUAGAACCAACCAAGGCAAAGCUUAGCACUUAUGAUGGAAACAAUAUUAAAGUACUAGGGAAAUUAAAAACACAAGUAGAUAAAAAAGUAGCUAUUCUAGGUCUUGAAGACAGUGUAAAAUUAGGCAUAGUUAAACGUCUCUUAGAAAUAGAUGAAAAUUAUGAAAAUAUGAACAUAACUAAAGAAUUUAAUCAGGUAUUUGAAGGAGUUGGAUGCAUAGAAGGAAAUUAUGAGAUAAAAUUAAAAGAUAAUUUUGUUCCAAUAGCUUGUGCAACAAGAAAAAUUCCAUUCUCAUUGGAAGAACCGUUGAAAAAAGAAUUAAAUAAACUAUGUGAUUUACAAAUAAUAGAGAAAGUAGAGGAAUUCACUGAAUGGGUGCAUCCUAUUGUUAUAGCUAAAAAACCAAAUGGAGCUAUACGGAUAUGCCUAGAUCCACAAAAUCUAAAUAAAGUAAUACAACGAGAAUAUUUUCAAAUACCAACUGUAGAGGAGAUUUUAAAACAAUUGGCGGGGGCAAAAGUUUUUAGUACUCUAGAUGCUGACACGGCUACGACGGUGGUGGCAGAUGGUCCGCGGAGAGCCGGUCGUUGA